ACUCUGCAUACGAUAUCACAGGAGGGAAGGCUCCAGAAAAGAAGAAGCAUCAUGAGGAAGUCCGUACUGCUUUCUGUGCUCGCACUUGUUCUUGUCUCGAAUCUGGCUGAUCUCUCAAGAGGAGAUCUUAAGUUCUGCCGGAAAGAGAAGACAUACGACGGCGCGUGCGGAGAUGACGGGAGCUUUCAGUGUGCUCUCAAGUUCUUGAACGACUUUGGGGCCCGCGCGAUGCCGCAGAAGUGCAUAUGUACAACACAGAGAACCAGCCAGCAGCUUUGCAAUUGCCUGGUGGUUUGCCGUGAAGAAGAUGUACCAGCCAAACCCAAUGCUUAGUUGUCUAUUGCCAUUUAUUUCUAGGUGCAAAUGUUUUUGC